UACUCUUCGGAUCUCGAACAAAAACUCCAGUCGCUACCCCUGGUUAAAAAGUACAAGGAUGAUCCGGAUUACACCGAGUACAGAGGAUGGAACCAUCUGGACACUACUCCAUCCGGUCUAUCGAAUUUCCACGGAACUUUGCUCACGCCUGGGGGAAUUGCCAUCCCCCCAAUCUCCUUUCACUGCCAGAAAACAGGCGACGACGUCGUCAUUUUACAUGUCGGCCGUAGACUCGCAGGGUAUCCCUUUAUAGUUCAUGGGGGAAUGCUAGGAAUGAUAGUCGAUGAGGUCUUCAAGACAAAUCUGAUCAGGGAGUUCCCCAACUUAACGUUUGAUACUGUCCACACCAAAUCUCUAGAACUGAACUACAGCUUCCCCACAUUCGUCAACCAGUUUCUUGUCAUCAGAUCC